AUGGCCGGCGGUGUUCUCUCCACAAUCCUUACGUACGCUGGCUGGGCCUUUCUUCCCAAAUAUGCAACCUCCUUCCUCCAAACCCUCUACUACCGCCUAACCAUCCGCGCCGGCUCCCCCCACCCCUCCCCCUCCAGCCCCCGCUACGCCCGCCACUACCGCAGAAUCUACAUCACCGUAAUAACAACCUACCUCCUCUACUCCCUCUACGAAACCUACCACAAUCUCCGGCUCGAAGGCGACUUCUACCAGCUCUUAGGCGUGCUACCUACGACAAAUGACAAGACCAUAAAGUCGCGCUUUCGCCGCCUCGCGGCGCUCCACCACCCGGAUAAAAAGCAACAGUUUCAGUUUGCGGGCUCAUUGGGGGGCGAUGGGGAGUCGCUGGAUGCUGUGUUUGUGCAGCUGAGGCUGGCGCAAGAGACGUUGCUGGAUCCUGUGAGGAGGUUUGCGUAUGAUAGGUUUGGACGAGGGGUUGUGGAGGGCUCCAAGGCGAAGACGAUGGGGCAGUUUCUGUAUGCGGGGCUGUGGGCGUUAUUGCCGCAGUAUGUUGGUGGGCUUGUUUUGAUGGUGCUGAUGAAUUUGUUCUGGUUCUCCGCGUGGGGGCGAUAUUGGCGCUUUUAUACCUUCUUCGCCCUCCUAACCCUCGAACUCUCCCUCCUCACCCACCAAAACGGUAUCAUCAUGCCAUCUAGACACCUGCCACCCCUCCUCACCUCGCUCCUAAAUCUAGAAACUUUCUACCUCCUCCCCUUCCAGACCCUCGCCUUGGCCCGCAAUGCCUCCAUGACCCUAAACGUAUUCAUCUCCCAGCUAACACCAUCCUCAUCUUCCUCCUCCUCUUCUUCUAAGAAACAAAGCGAUAGGCUAUCGCCACAGACACAAGCCCAGCUCGCACAACUAGUGCACAUGGCGCACGCGAAUGAUGCGGAGGUGACGAGGCUGUUGCAGCUGGGCUUAGCGCCGUUUAAGGGGGACAAGGAGAGUGUUUGGAGGUUGCGAAGGGGAAUGAAGGAGGGAUUGAUUUUGGGGUCUGUGAGGGAUGCGCUGGAGGUUAGGGAGGCGGUCAGGGUGGUCAGGGAGCGAAGGGGUGUUGCUUAA